AUGGAGGACCAGCUAGUCGCCCUGCUCGCCGCAACCCAGUCGGCCCAGCAGACGCCGCGCAAACACGCCGAAGACCAGCUCAGGUCCUUCUAUGGCCACCAGGAGCUGCCCCUCGGCCUCGUCGGCAUCGCCUGCCACGACAGCGUGCCCCUCAACAUCCGCCAGGCCGCCCUGCUGUCGCUCAAGCAGCUGGUCUUGGCCGGCUGGAGUGCCAACUUCGACGAGUUCAAGGGCCAGAUCCUCGUCGCCGACGACACAAAGGCGCAGAUCCGCCCCCGCCUGCUCCAGCUCGCCACCACAGACCACCUCGACCGCAAGCUCAAGGCCGCCGCCAGCCUCGUCGUCAGCAAGGUCGCCGCCGCCGACUACCCAGACCAAUGGCCCGAUCUCCUCGACAACCUCCUCCAGCUCAUUCCGCACGCCACCGACGGCCAGCUGCACGGCACCCUCAAGGUCCUGGGUGAGCUGGUCGACGACUGCUUCAACGAGAGCACCUUCUUCGGCGUCGCGCCCCAGCUCGUCAAGGUCAUCUACAAUGUCGCCGCCAACGAGCAGAGACGGCCGCAGCACCGCGCACUGGCCUGCAGCGUCUUCCGUGGCUGCUUCGACAUUCUGGAGAUGAUCCUGGAAGACCACAAAGCAUCCGUCAAGGGUUUUGCCGACGAAAUACUCGGCGAGUGGCUGCCUUUCUUCAUCAAUGUGCUGAAGAUGAGGCUGUCGGAUCCGCCCUUCGAGCAGGAGGAGAACGACGAGACACCAAACGCCGAAACAUACAAGGGGCUGAUUUCCCUCAAGCUCCAGGUCGUCAAGGUGUUGAUGCGUGUGCGAUCCGUCUUCCCCUCCAUGCUCUCGCCUCACAGCCUCGUUCUGUUCCAGGCGACUUGGGAAGAGCUGUCCACCUUACAGCCGGCCUACCAUCUCAUGUAUAUCCAGGAAGAGCGACAGAGCAGAUUAGAGGAUGCAGACGGCCUGCCGUAUACUCUGGAUUUCCUCGUUCUCGAAGAGCUCGACUUCAUGCAGGCAUGUAUCCGGGCUCCUCCAGUGCGCGCCCAGCUCGAGCAAGAGCUUCAACACCAGUCUGCGGACAACUCGUGGGUCACCGAGGUCAUGAAACUCGCCGUGGGCUACGCGCAGAUCACGACUGAGGAGGAGGGGCUUUGGGACAUCGACGUGAAUAUCUUCCUCAGCGAAGAGACAAGCGUGACCGCCAACUACACGCCCCGAACUGCAUGUGGUGAUCUGGUGAUCAAGCUUGGUGAAUGGCUCUCCGAACCAACUAUCAACGGCCUCCUCGCCUACACAAGAGCUUUGUACUCAGGGACGGAGAGCUGGAAAGCAAAGGAGGCGGCUCUCUACGUGCUCAGCCAGAUGCUCAGCGACUUCCAGGACGUUGACAAGCAGGUCAGCUCCGAGGCCGCGAGCGGCUUUGUCGACUUCACACGCUAUGCCAUGCAACAACCGGACGCCUUCCUGAGAGCGCGCGGGUAUCUGAUCGCCGGAGGCCUGACCAGGACGUCUGGCGAUGCUCUGCAGCCGUUUGCCCCUUCCUUCCUCGAAGCCUCACUUCAGGCCAUCUCCAGCGACGAAUCUGAUGUCGUACGAGUGUCCUGCAUUCGCGCUCUGCAGUUUUAUCUGCAGGCUUUGCCCGCCAGCGUCACGCAGCCUCUGCAGAGCAGCAUCAUUCAUGCCAUCCAGGAAUAUCUCAGCACACAAGACAUGCAGGAACUAGCCGAUAGCGACGACCUCAUGGUUACCCUCGUCGAGACGCUGAGAGACGCUAUUCUCAUUGACACCCGUAUCUGCAUUACAGCCAAUGGCCUGGAUCUACUGUUCUCGAUUGCCAGCCACGGCGCGAACAACUUCCAGCUGACCAUGCUGGUGAAUGAAACGUUCGAAGAGGUGACGCAGUCCAUUGCUCAUAUGGGAGGUGAUGCGUACGUCAGUCUGUGUGCCAAGGUCCUUCCCUCACUCACCGCUGCAUUCGACGUGGGUAGCCUCACCGAAGAAAACGCUCUAACAAACCUGGCCGCUGAGCUCCUUGGUGUGCUUGCCGAGUGGGGGCCUGAGCCACUGCCGCCUGGCUUUGUUGCAGCUACAAUGCCCAAGCUCACUCGACUUCUCCUCGGCGCCACUGACGAGGAGCUACUCAAGGCUGCUACCAUUGCGGUAAAGAACGUCAUCUCACACGACCACCAGCAGCUCUUCGAGUGGCGUGACGACACUGGAAAGGCAGGACUGGAGGUUGUUCUUCUCAUCAUCUCUCGCCUUCUCUCCUCGGCUUCUGAUCAUGCUGCCGGCGAGGUUGGUGCGCUGGCUGCUGAGGUAGUGGAGAAGGCUGGGCAUGAGAGGCUUGGUCCUUACCUCGAGGAGCUUCUGCGAAGUGUUGCCUCACGUCUCGCCACUGCGGAACAGGCGCAAUUCAUCCAGAGUCUGACUCUUGUCUUUGCACGACUCAGCUUGAACCACGCUUCAGAGGUGGUGGAGUUUUUGGCCCGACAGAACGUCAACGGCCAAAACGGGUUGCAAGUGGUAAUGGCGAAGUGGCUCGAGAACUCGGUCAACUUUGCUGGCUACGAUGAGAUUCGACAGAAUGUCAUCGCCCUUUCGAAGCUGUAUGAUCUGAAGGACUCCCGGUUGGCUGAGAUUCAGGUCAAAGGCGAGUUGAUUCCUAACACAGAUGGCCGCAUCAUGACGAGGAGCCGCGCAAGGACCAAUCCUGACCGAUGGACCAUCAUCCCCGCCACACUCAAGAUCCUCAAGGUCUUGAUCGUCGAGUUGCAGUCCGCUGCCGGCGCGCCUCUCGACGCCAACGCCGCAGCCGAGCUGGCGGACGAAGCUUCAGACGACGGCUCCUGGGAAGACGAGCCGAACCCAUUCGUGGACCUCGGCAGCGGUCUCACAAAGGAGCAGCUGAUGGCUUAUGCCGCUGACGACGGCCCCAGCAGCGGUCGCCAGCGCGACGACGAGACACAAGCCUUCCUGGUGGAGUUCUUCACGCGCGCUGCAACAACCCCCGGGUUUGCAGAAGACUUCGGUCAGCUCAACGAGGAGGAGCAGCAACGGUUACGUGACAGUGCUGCCUAA